UAAAUAUAUUAUGAUUAUUCAUUUAAAGGAAUUUGAUAGUUUAGAUAUGGCUGAAAUUGGAUAGAGAUUAAUCUGAAUUUGGCGAAUAAUCGAUCCCCAAUAGAAAAAACAUAGUUUCAAAAGGUCAAUGAGCAUGCAUUCAAAUUUCUUCUUCUUCUUCAUCAAAGCGACCCGUUUUACCAUUUCUCUAUUUCAACCCGAUAGCUUUCAUCACUGAAUCAUCUUUAAAGUUGGGUUUCGCGAUCCAGACUGAUAGAAGUCAACUGAGCUAUGGAUUGGAAUUUGAAAAAACAGAGAUGAUGAAUUAGAGCUUAUGGAUACAACAAUGGCGGAAAACCCAUCAAGUACAAAUUUAUUAGCACCAUUCCUUGCUAAAACAUACGAGAUGGUUGAUGAUCCUUCCACGGAUUCAAUCGUUUCUUGGAGUAAGAACAAUACAAGCUUCAUUGUUUGGAAUCCACCUCAAUUCUCCAUAGAUUUGUUACCAAAAUACUUCAAGCAUAGUAAUUUCUCCAGCUUCAUCAGACAACUCAAUACAUAUGGUUUUAGGAAAAUCGAUCCUGAACAAUGGGAAUUCGCCAACGAAGAAUUCAUUCGCGGGAAAACGAAUCUAUUGAGGAAUAUUCAUAGACGAAAACCCAUUCAUAGUCACUCCUUACAGAAUGGAAAUCACGAUUUAUUAAUCUCUUCAUCUUCAUCUUCAUCUCCUUCUUCGUCAUUGAGUGAACGCGACAGAAUUGAAUACAAAAACAGGAUUGAGAUGUUGAAACAGGACAAACGCAUGCUCCUCUUAGAACUACAGAAACAAAAACAGGAAAAACGAGAAAUCGAUAGCCAAAUGCAGACAUUAACAGAAACUUACAAUCGACUCGAGUUUUCUCAGAGAAACAUGGUUCAUUCGUUUUCAGGUAUAAUUCGAGAAAGAAAGAGACCAAUUAGAAUUGACGGGUAUCUUGAAGAAGAAGAAGAAACUAGUUACGAAUCGUUUCUAAACAGGGAAGCGUUGGAGCGAUUGGAAUCUUCAGUAUCGAUUUGGGAAAGAAUUGCAAGCGAUGUUGUUUCGUCUUCACAAGAAUUUGAAGUCGAAAGCAGUCCCAUGCCCAUAUCGUAUACACAGCUUUAUUCUGUUUCAAAGAGUUCUGAAAUCGAUAUGAUUAUCGAACCUAUUGUGGCUGUUAAUUCGGAGGAGGUGGUGGUUAGGCAGACUGUGAACGAUGUUUUCUGGGAGAAUUUCUUGACUGAGAAUCCGGGUUCAAUGGAAAAUGAUUGAAUCUUACAAGGAAGAAGAAGAACAUGACUUGAUGAUGAUCAUAACUCAUAAUUAGUAAGUUUUGUAAUUCUUUGUAAAUUUAUCAACUGUUAGUUUUAUAUUAUAGAUCUUUAGAAAGAACUAGCAUAUGUAAUGUAAGUCUUCUUUAUGUUUAUAACAAAAGAUUCAAUUUU